GAAACCGUUACAACCUUACAAAACAUCCAACUAAAAUUAGCAAACAUGAGAGCAAGGGUCUCUGUCCCCGGAACUCGCUGCCGUGCCAGACGAUUUUUGCCACCUCCAUGCAAGAACACCCAAGAACCAUGACCCGCGAGCACGACGGCGACGGCGAGGAGGUGGCCACCGCCGUCCAUGGUGAUGCCGGCGCCGAGGAAGACGGAGACCGGAACGUCGUCGACAAGUCGGAGUUCUCCGACGCGGUGCAUGUCGUCGUCGAUCGCGAUGACGAGGAGCCCGAGUUCCCCUCCGACGACGACGAGGGAGGUGACGACGACGUGCGCGUCUCCUUCGCCACCGCCGUCGGCGACAGCGACGAGCACCUCCGCGAGGAGCAGGGCGAGCUGGACCUUGACGACGACGAUGAGGAGGACGUGUCGAGGUACGAGUACGACUAUGGCAUGUGGAUGGAGGCCGAGCCGAUGUCCAUCCAGGAGCGCCGCCGCCGGCUGCUCCAGGGGAUGGGGCUCGCCAGCAGCCGGGACCUCCUCCGCAGCCGCAGCGCGAGGAUGAGGCCGAUUCUUCCGCCCAACAUCCCGCGCUGCGCGUCGAGGCGCCAGCCGCCGCCGCAGUGUCCCGCCGCCGCCGCCGACGACGCGCCGAGCACCUCGACGGCGGCGACGGUGAAACGGCAGCGGAACGCCGUCCUGACGCGGUGCCGGUCCGACAGCCGCCUCGCCGUCCGCGGCGGCGGCGCGGCGAGGAAGCCGCCGACGUUCCGGCGCGUGUACUCGGUGCCGCACUCGCUGCACGGCUCGCCGGUGCACAAGGCUCUCCGCGCGGCCGCUCGGAGUCGCAGCCCGCUGCCAUUGCCGGCCCCCAAGGACGAGAGAGAAAACACCGUCAGGAAACUCGACGACGGCAAGGAGUUCGUGGUGAGCGGCCAGCCGGCGGCGGGCGGCUCGCGCGGCGCGCUCAGCGACCUCAAGACCGGCGUGCAGCUGAGCUUGGACGAGUUCGAGCGGUUCAUCGGCUACACGCCGUUCGUGAAGCAGCUGAUGCGCCGCAGCCAGAGCCAGCCGGUGGCAGCCGGGGCGGCGAACGGCGACGCGAAGCCGGGGAAGAAGAAACCCCGGUGGCUCAAGAACAUCAAGCUCGUCGCCUCGGCCGCCGGCCUCAUCCAAGAGAAGUACAAGGAAAGCAAUUGCGGCGGAGGCGGCUGCGGUAGGUCGUCGUCGUCGUCGUCGUCAUCGGCGGAGCAAGCGCACCAGCCCGGGGUGACCAUGUCCAAGUCGGCGUCCACCAACGCCGCCACCAUGGCGUCGUCGUCGUCGUCGUUGGAGCGGCCCAAGGUGCACAGCUUCGGCAAGACGGCGAGGGAGCUGACGGGGAUGUACUUCCGGCAGGAGGUGCGCGCGCACGAGGGGUCGAUCUGGAGCAUCAAGUUCAGCCCCGACGGCCGCUUCCUCGCCAGCGGCGGCGAGGACCGCGUCGUGCACGUGUGGCACGUCGUGGACGACGGCGCCCCGCCGUCGUCCAUGUCGCCGGAGCUGCUCUCGUCCUCCCAGAGCCUCCCGCCUCUGGCGCCUCACGGCGACGGCGGGCUGGCGGCGCAGCUGUCCAGGAAGCUCCGCGCGCGGCGGUGGAAGACCUGCAAGGACGUGCUCCCGGAGCACGUCGUCGUGCCGGAGACCGCGUUCGCGCUCGCCGACGAGCCGGCGUGCUCCCUCGAGGGCCACCUCGACGACGUGCUCGACCUCGCCUGGUCCAUGUACUCCCAGCUGCUGCUGUCGUCGUCGAUGGACAAGACGGUGCGGCUCUGGGACACGGAGGCGAAGGCGUGCCUCAAGCUGUUCCCGCACAACGACUACGUGACAUGCGUCCAGUUCAACCCGGUGGACGACGGCUACUUCAUCAGCGGCUCGCUGGACAGCAAGGUGCGCAUCUGGAGCGUCGCCGAGCGGCAGGUCGUCGACUGGAGCGACCUCGACGACAUGGUCACCGCCGCAUGCUACACCCCGGACGGCCAGGCCGCCAUUGUUGGGUCACACAAGGGGAGCUGCCGAUUCUACAAGACAGCAGAUUGCAAGCUCAACCAGGAGGCUCAGAUCGACAUGAACAUAUCCAAGAAACGCAAGUCGCACGCGAAGAAGAUCACCGGAUUCCAGUUUGCGCCGGGGAACCCGUCGGAGAUCCUGGUGACGACGGCGGACUCGCAGAUCAGGGUGUUCAACGGCAUCACCGUGCUGCAGAAGUUCAAAGGGUUCAAGAACACCAGCAGCCAGAUCUCGGCGUCGUACUCCGGCGACGGCCGCUACGUCGUGUGCUCCAGCGAGGACUCCAACGUCUACGUGUGGCGGCGCGCCACGUCGCCGGGCGGCGCCGCGGGGGGCGGCGUCGCCGUCAAGGCCAAGACGUGGCGCACCAGCCGCGCCUACGAGUGCUUCUUCUGCAAGGACGUGUCGGCCGCCGUGCCGUGGCCGCUGUCACCGUGCCUACCACCGACGCGCGGCGGCGGCGGCGGCGGCGACGACGACGAGCGCGCCUCGUCGAGCGUGCGCGGCGCCGUCGUCGGUGGGGACGCGUCGGCGUCGCGGAGCCCAGCGCGACAACUGGGCAGCUUGCCUCUCCGGCCCAAGUCCGGGCCGAUGACCUACUCCGGCGAGAAGCAGCUGGGCGUGCCCAGGGAGCCGUCGUCGCGGUGGCACGGCGGCGCGGAGGGCGGCAACGCGUGGGGGAUGGUGGUGGUGACGGCGAGCCUCGCCGGCGAGAUCAGGGUGUACCAAAACUUCGGCAUGCCCCUCAGUUUGUUCAGAAAAACAAUUCCAAACAUUUUCCCGCAAAAAUGGCGCGACUGGAUAUCCGGGCUGCUGUCCACUUCCACCUCAAAGAUCACCCUGAAUGGAAUCCCGGGCGAAACAAUCAGACACGGGAAGGGUUUGCGGCAGGGUGACACCCUAUCCCCCCUCCUCUUCAUCUUGGCUAUAGACCCCCUCCAGCGCCUGUUAGACAAGGCUACCGACAUAGGAGUUCUAAGUAAGCUGCGAGGCAGAGCUGUGCGCUUCCGCACAUCUAUGUACGCGGAUGAUGCGGCCGUCUUCAUUAAUCCGACCAAAGAGGACGUGAGCGCCUUCGCCGAUCUGCUAAAUCGUUUUGGGAAGGUAUCAGGAUUAUGCACGAACCUGCAAAAAUCGCAAGUGGCGCCGGUCAGAUGUGAUAAUCUGGACCUCGACGACAUCCUGCAUGACACGCCUGCAACUAGGGCAAGCUUCCCGAUGAAGUAUCUGGGGUUGCCUCUGUCCACUGGCCAUCUGCGCAAAGUAGACCUUCAACCUCUCUACGACAAAUCGAUGAGUAGAGUAGCAAGCUGGCGAGGAAGACAUAUUGGCCUGGCAGGGCGAUCAACGCUGGUUAAAUCGGUGCUCACUUCACAACCUGUUUUUCUUCUGACGGGCCUGAAAGCUUCAAAUGAGUCCCUAGAGGUCAUCGACAAGCAGAGAAGGAAAUUCCUAUGGGCAGGCGGUGAAGCUCUGACGGGGGGCAAGUGCAAAAUAAAUUGGACACGGACCUGCCUCCCUACAGCCUCAGGAGGAUUGGGCAUCCUGAACCUGGAGGAAUUUGCAAGAGCUUUACGACUGCGGUGGCUUUGGAACGAGUGGAGAUCACCGGAAAAAGCAUGGGUGGGGUCGGGAACACCCUGUGACGACACGGAUAGGUUACUUUUUGCAGCAGCAACAACCAUAACUAUAGGGGAUGGAGCGAAAACAAGCUUUUGGGAUUCAGCUUGGCUGGAAGGGAGAAGACUAAAGGAUGUAGCUCCCCUGAUCUACGUGGCCUCCAAGAAAAAGAACAGCACGCUACAACAGGCCUCAGCCACAGACCAGUGGCUGCUCGAUCUGGACCUUCCUCCAGCCUCAGGCUGGACAAUGGAGCUGGUCAGCCAGCUAAUCAAUGUCUGGAGUGCGGUGCACAACGUACAUUUCACAGAGAAUGAGGAGGACAAGAUAGUGUGGAAGCUCACUAGCCACGGUGAAUAUACGGCGACGUCGGCCUACAAAGCGCAGCUCCUAGACACACCCAAGAAACUGCUCUCCACCUCCUCGCAGAAUGCAAAUACACCAGGAAAAUUUGGGCGGCGUUAUCUGAUUGGACUGGGUGUGGUUAACUGA